AUGACAAACUUCAUCUAUGGUCUGAGAACAGAAACGAUAAUUCUUCUUGAUGCCUCAGUUGAAGUUACAUUUAGACUAAAAAUUGAUGAAAAGUUGAAGACAUUGUUGAAGAAUAUGUGUCAAAAUGAAUAUCGCUCAAGUGAGCGAGAUAUGAAAGGAAAGGGUUUGUUAGCUUUUGAUAUCCAAACUACUUUACUAGCCCAACUGGAGGCUCUGACCAAACAUGCUAUUGAGUUGAGGAAUAUAGUUGUAGGUACACCUACACAAGAUAGUGGGGAGAAGAAACAAAGUGAAGAUGAGAAGAAAGAAAGUGGAAAGAAACUGGUUGUAGAAAAUGGUGAAGAGAAUAGGGAAAAUGAGGGAGAAAAAAGUGAGAUUAAGAGUAAUGAUGAGGUUAUAGGUUGGAGUCUUGAUAAAUUUAUAGAUAAGAACUCACCAUGGAGGAGGACCAAGAAACAUAUUCUUAAUGAUCCUAACCAUGUACUCUCAGAUUAUAUCAAAGCACCCUACCCUUUCUUGAAAAAGAAACUUGAGAAGAAAGAUGCAAACGAAGAGCGGUUUAAGAAGUUUAAGGAGAUGUUGAGAAAAACUCAAGAUGUGUUAGUUAAGGUUGAUGACCUUGCUUUUUCGGACAACUUUGUAAUUUUAGAGAUGUCUGUGGAUGCCGAAAUACAAUUGAUUCUUGGAAGGCCAUUCCUAGUAAUAGGAAGGGCUUCAAUUGAUAUGGAGAUGAACGAGUUAGCAUAUGAACAACCUCAAUUUGUUAACUUAUUUUUCGCACGAAUUUUGAAUCCUAAUCUCUCCCUCCAUCAGCCAUUCCCAUACUCCUGUGUUCAGAACAUCGAUCACCGCUUCAGUGUUGAUGAGGCCAAGGUUGACGAGAGCAAACAAAUACACUUUGCUAAAGUUGAAAAGCGCGUGUGCACUACGGGCGGUGGGAGCACAGGAACUGUUAGGAACUUAUGUCUUCGCGAGGACACGACUAAAUAUCUGUGGAAUCUCAAUGUCAAUUCUGCCCACUAUGAUCCCAAGACUAGGUCCAUGCGUGAAGAUCCUCUUCCAGUUGCCCAUCCAAAUGAGAAAUUCUAUGAGGGUGAUAACCAAUAUAGGAAUAGUGGCCAAGCUUUGGAAUACAAGGAUCUAAACAAACACACACAAGAAGCAUUUGAUAAGGGGCAAGAUGUUCACAUUCAAGCAUCUCCAUCCCAAGCUGAAUUGCUUUAUAAGAAUUUUAAGAUCAUGAAAGAGAAAGUGAGGUCUCAAAUGAAGGAAACCAUUUUGGAGAAGUAUGGAAAUGCAGCUGAUUGGGAUAAACUUCCAAGAGAACUUUUGCUUGGUCAAAGCGAGAUGCAACUUGAGUAUGAUCGUGCUGGUAGAAUUAUUAAGGGGCAGGAGGCUGCGUUUCCAAGGAGCAAGUAUGAAGAAGAUAUUUUGAUAAACAAUCACGCAACUGUUUGGGGCUAUAAGUGCUGCAUGCAGACAAUACUUAAUAGCUAUUGUACAGGUGCUGCUGGCAUUGAGGCUGCAGAGACUGCUAAUAUGAAGAACUUCAGUGAUCGUGACCGUCUUACUGAUAAGGCAAAGUUUCGACAAAUGACCAUAAAAUAUCACAAGCAUUAGAUAGUUUGUGUUUUAGUUUGACGAAAAACAAUGUGUGAGGUCUUGAUUUUUCGAAGAUAUUGGUCGAAGAGCAGGCCAAAGAAGGUUGUCGAACCUGGUGAUGGUGACCAUGUUCGUGAUGGAUCAACCUUUAAAAUUCUGCACCAACUGAACAUUAGAGGACCAAAGGAUGAAGAGAAGAUGGCUGUUUCAGGGAUGUAUUUGCGUUGGCCUUUAGAAGAAAACAACGAACGAAAUCCCGCCAGGAAAGGUAUGAACAAUGGCAUGCAGAACAACCUAACCGCACAAAGCAAUCAAGUUGAAAAGGAGAGGCCGACAACCCUUAGGACUGCAAGAUCGUGGCUUAUCUUGGAAAUAACUAGGAGAAGAAGCCCUAUUGGAUCUUCAAUUUUGAUAUCUUCUAGAAUUGUCUUUUAGGGUUAAUUGAUGAGUCAUCAAAUUUUGUUUUAGCUUGAAAAGCCAUGUUAUUUCCUACUGCAGCUCAAGAAGUCAAUGUAUUUGAUUUUACAAUUCAAAUGAAAGUUAAGAA